AAGUGCGUGUCUUUCAGGAGUGGUGGUUUUGCUCACUCGGUGACAGGGGUCCAAGGACGACGACUGAAGAAGGAAGACGAGGUAUACGCACCGUUUUUGGGAGUAAGAUAAAUGGGCCAAUUGUGUAAGCCCAUUAAAAAGGAAAAGAAGGCCUAAAUAGAAACGGACGACUCACUCACUCGAUCGGCUUUACUAGUGUGGGUGUUACAGUGAGUGGGCGAUGGAAGAUUUCGCUGUUCUCGUCACGGAGCGAUAUGGGUUAAAGCCACAAGGCAAGUCUGCUCCAAUGGCAAUGGAUUCCUUGAAGAAGCGAUCGGUCAACAACACUAACAAUGGCGAAACCGCAGAGUUGACCUCGUAUGGUUCUUCGAAUCAUAACGCGGAUUUUAUUAUUGAUUUCAAGUUUGACGGUGGGAACGAGUUUUCUUCUGGUAAGAAAAGGUCGUUUUUUAGUGAUGACUUUGAUGAUGAGUUGAUGAUAUCUGGAUUUGGUGGUGGACUUGGUCAACCAAGUAACAGCGCAACCCAUACAUGGACUGUUAUUGCUGAUGACCCUUUUGAGGUUAGACCAUCAAAUUUGGUAGAUCCAUCUUCAGAUGAGCUUGCAAAAUUUGCUAUGGGUAGUUUGCAUUGUAGCUCCCUGGAUUCUGACAAUGUUGUAGAUGUUGAAGAAAAGAAACAAGAGUUUGUUGUUGAUGGCCUUGAAUCCAUUUUCAUCCCUGGGUCCAACAACAGUGUACCAAAUUCAUAUGCUACAACUGAAGAAGAAUGUGGUGUGCCAAAAGAGAAAUGUUAUGAACGUUCGCUUAGUACAAAGAAACCUGAUGCUCCAGCACAUGUCCUGGAUGAACUUUUUCCAUUUUUUGGAGAUGACCCGUUUCUUGGAGAGUUUAAGGGAAUUCCAGGGGAGAGUGACAAAAGAAGAAUAGCUAGAUGGGAGCGUGAACAAAGAAUAAAGAAACAAAUGGAUCAGGCUGUAUCUGAGAUGAAUGACCGUGACCGUCAAAUUCAGAUUGAACAAGAAGAAAGGAGUAGGAUUUCUGAGACCCUUGAUGCGGAGAUUAAGCUUUGGGCUGCUGGGAAAGAAGGGAACAUGCGUGCAUUGUUAUCAUCGUUGCAUCUCGUACUCUGGCCAGGAUGUGGUUGGAAAGCUGUCUCUCUAACAGAUUUGAUCACCUGUGCGGCAGUGAAGAAAGUCUACAAAAAGGCAAACUUGUAUGUCCAUCCUGAUAAAGUUCAACAGAAAGGAGCUCAACAAAAGUAUAUAGCCGAAAAGGUCUUCAACAUCUUGAAGGUAUAUUUCCCACACAGUACAUCCUUCUCUCACAAUAAACGUGUUGUGGAAUGUUGAAUUUCUUGAAGAGUUUCGAAUCAGUUCUCUUAAGUUGAUGAUGCUUAAUUAAGUAUACCCGCCGCUUCUACUAAAAAGUUUAGGUGUGAAUAUGAUGUAACGUUACCACAAAAUGCAUCUUACAGGAAGCUUGGAACAAGUUCAACAAAGAGGAGCUAUCCUAAAACUGUUGAACAAGUUCAAGAAAGAGUAUAUAUAUGUGUGUAUACAAAGUAUGGGUCAAUUCGUUCAAGUAUGGUAUUAUAUGUUUGGACAAUACAUUAGUUCACAUUUUAUGUACAGAUUUUAAUAAAAUUGUAUUUUGUCGUAAUAAAUCAUAAAUAAAUAUAAAAAGUU